AUGGCAAACACACCCCUCCUCCAUUCCCUCAACCGCAACGGCUUCGUCAAGAUUCCCAGGGUGGUAACCGGACCCCAGCUGGACCGGCUUCGCGAAGCAGCCCAAUCAGCCGCCAAGCUUGGGCGGGAUGGUAAAUGGCGCGAUGUCAGAACCCUUCCCAAGCAAUUUCCGCCCUGGAAUGUGGGCGAGAACCCGGCCCAGGAGGGAAUCUGGGGUAUCCAGGGUGUCAUGCACCCCAACAUGCCCCUGCACGAUGAGUUCAUCAGGCUGUACUUCUCGGAAGACCUGAUCCUCAAGCCUACCAAGCAGCUACUGCAGUGCUCAGGUGAAGAUCUUGUCAUGGAGCUCUUCAAUCUGCUCAUCCGCCCCGAUCGAGACUUUGAGCUGCGCUGGCACCGUGACGACAUCCCCGCCACGGCUGACCCCGAGCAAGAAAUGGAGAGGCUUGGCAAACCCGCAUUCCACGCCCAGUGGAACCUGGCCCUCUAUGAAGACACCAGCCUUGUUGUCAUUCCUGGCAGCCACAAGCGAGCCCGUACCGAGACUGAGCGCAACGCCGAUCCGUACGAAGCUGUUCUUCCCAAUCAGCUCGUCGUGCGGAUGGAACCCGGUGACAUAGUGUUCUACAAUAACAACAUCCUGCACCGUGGCGUGUACGACUCGAGUAAGGAGCGCAUGACCCUCCACGGUAGCUGCGGCCAUGUUGAUGGCGCCAAAGCGCGCGCGCGUAAUGUGCUACAGCAUGGCGUGCGCGAAUGGAUCUCCCAGAUGGACUUUGGGAAGGCUCUGGAGGGUGUUGAGAAGACACAGGCCGAGCUUAUGCGUCAGAACUUGCUCGCGAUGGGACGGGAGGCUGGUGAGGUUGGCUACUCGCUUGAUGGAUAG